UUGAAGCGUUACGGUUGGUCGCGAUUUCGAAUCGGAAAAGCCAGGGAAUUUCUGGCCCUCAAGAAAACACACAUAUAGUGUGAACAACGCGUCGGUCCGGACGGUGUGUGUUUACAUUGUUUGAAAGCCAAUUAAAAUUUGCUAUUGCCGACAUGUGCCAAAGCAAACCGAAAUACCGAAAUAACAAAUAGGAGAAUCAAAAUAAAUAUUCUGGUGUGAGAACAAAAUCAACGCCAGAGGUUCAAAAAUUAAAAAAAAAAAAAGAUAAAAAACAAAGCUAACAAAAAUGUGGAAAAUCUGCAUUUUUACAUUGGUAAUUGCGUUGCUAGCAGUAGCAGCUGCAACAACAGCUACAACAAUAGAGCCUAUAACAAAUGACUUGAUGACCAACAAUAACAACAACAAAAACAGUAGCAGCAGCCACGCCCCUUUGGAGGAAACUACCAACAGCCCCCGCCCUUUGGUUGAAAACAACCAGACUCUGGUGAAAAUUUCAACGGCGGACGCCGAGUCCCGGGAAAUUUCAGCUGUGGGCGGUUCAACCUCAACGGCCACGCCCACCACAACGGCAACCACGAGCACAACAACAACGCUGGCAACCACCUCGGUUGUUGUCGAAAACGAGGAAGCACCAACAUCAACAAUCAGCCAUCUAAUGACAACCAGCGAACCCAACCAGAAAAUUCCCUUAGCCGGGAUGGGUGAACUCAGCAGCGGCAUCAAGGAUGCACUGCAUCGCAUUAAAUUGAGCGAGAGCCCACAGGAAUCUGUAGCAACAACAGCCACUGUGGAGCCACCAGAGGCGGAGGAGCAGGAUGAAUCGGAGGAUAUGGCACUAACAGUAUCCCCCUUGCAAAUCCAAAUGCAGGCAGCAGCCUCAUAUCAAGUAGCCGAGACGUUGGCCGACUUGAACGAGGAGGAGCGUGCCCGGUACGAUGCCAUGCUGGCCCAGCAGCCCACGGCCAGUAAGCUGAACAUAGUGGAUCUAUAUCCUCUUAAAAUCGAGGACAUCCAGCCAAUGAUCCAAAACGACAAUGAGGAGCUGAUCAAGCAACGUACUAUUUUCACUCAACCCGAGAACACUGAGGAAUAUAAGCAGAAUCUAAUGCCCAAUGAGGUGGAGCUGGUUUUGAAUGAACAGGACACUCUGGAUCAGGACAAAAUCAAAAUCAAUCAAGAGAAGACAGUAACCACACCAGAAACCCUGAAAGUGGCUACAAUCAGUGUCAAUCAGGGCACCACGCCGGAUUUUACAGGAAAACUCUUGGCCGAUCAAGACGAUCUCAUCACCGAAAUCGAAAGCAAGUUCCAGAUUGAGGAAACCACCACAACAACCACUAGGAAGCCUCUGCCAUUGCUCCUGAGACCUGGGGAUACUUUCAUAGAUAGGAGGGUGAAGAAAAGCUUCGAGUUUCCCACGCAACAUCGCGCCAGUGAUGUGAUGGCCAUGCCACACAUUGAUUUCGCCAACACAAAGUUCCAAACCGAUGCGGAUCAGCCACAGCCGGCUGCCACACACCCCGAGUUCUCGACCACAAAAUUCUAUAAUAGCAAGGAGUUGUAUAACGAAAUGCUGUUGCAUAAUAAGCGCAAGUUAAUGAAGGAAACUAGUCCGGCCAAGUCAGCGGCGGAGGCAUCCUCAACAAAGUUGAACGUGACUCCUGAGGCUAAAACUUUUCAGCCAACAACUACUCCAGAAACUACAGUAAAAUCAACAACAUUGCAGUCCGUGCAGUCAGCAACAACAACCACUACAGCAGUACCACUAGCAUCAGUAGCACCAAUAACAACAAGUACCUUAAAGCCAACAAACACCGCAACUGGAAAAUAUCAGAAAGAGCUUAAGCGUGCCAAAUUAUUGCUCAAGGCCCUGACACCACCACAGGCCACCAAGUCCACUGACGACAAACUGUCGGUUAAAGCCACAAAAGCGGAGGAGGGCGGAGUCACCUCCACCAUCUCCAUCGCUCCGGCAAGGACAAGCCCACCCAUACUGAUGGCCACCGCAAGGACAGUGCGACCAGCCGGAUCUGUCGGAGUUAAUCCCACUAAGACGGCCUCAAAGCCAAUUGCCAGGCCGCGUAUUUUGAGUCGCCUGCAGGAGAAAAUCAAUUCGCUGGAGUGCGAGGUGCCCAACAUACCCCAGGACUCCCAUCUGUGGCGUGGCAACGAGACCCACGAAUUGUUGCUGCCCAUUGUGACCACGGAGCACUGUAGGCCGAACGAACACUGCAUACCGAAUGUCCUCACCUGGCGCGGCGAGGCGGAGAUCCAGUCCGGCGACAUUCUAAUUGUGGAAAUCAACGAUGCCAUGCUAAAUCCAUCGCACGAGCCAAAUAACACAAGCAGCGCGGUGCAUGCAACACAGGUGUACCAGGUGACUCGAUCCGGACACGAACACUGCGACGUCACCGAGGGUGUCCUGCUGGAUAUCACGCCCCUGGUGGUCGAUGGCAGGAAACUGGUUACACUGUAUGAUAAGGACCUCACCGAGGGAGUUAACUUGCUAAUUGUGGUGUCCGAGCUGUGGGGAGCACAGUGUGUCCGCCUGAAGGUGACCACGAAAACCGACAAUUGCGGCGAGAACGCCGACUGCUCCGGCAAGGGAGUCUGCUACUCGAACUCGGGCAUGGAGGAGUACGAGUGCCAGUGCUGCAGCGGAUUCGCGGGCCCGCACUGCGAGGAGAUCGACGCGUGUAAUCCCAGUCCCUGCACAAACAACGGCAUCUGCGUGGACCUAUCGCAGGGACACGAGGGCAACUCCUACCAGUGUCUUUGUCCGUACGGAUAUGCGGGCAAAAAUUGUCAAUACGAGUCGGAUCCUUGCAAUCCCGCCGAGUGCAUGAACGGCGGCAGUUGUGUGGGCAACUCCACGCACUUUCGGUGCGAUUGUACACCAGGGUUCACAGGACCUCUUUGCCAGCACAGUUUGAAUGAGUGCGAGUCGUCGCCGUGUGUUCAUGGCAUUUGUGUGGACCAGGAGGAUGGGUUCCGGUGCUUCUGCCAGCCAGGUUUUGCCGGCGAGUUGUGCAACUUCGAGUAUAAUGAAUGCGAAUCGAAUCCGUGUCAGAACGGCGGCGAAUGCAUCGAUCACAUUGGCAGUUACGAGUGUCGCUGCACCAAGGGCUACAGUGGCAACCGCUGCCAAAUAAAGGUUGAUUUUUGCGCCAACAAGCCUUGCCCCGAAGGACAUCGCUGUAUUGAUCAUGGAAAUGAUUUCAGCUGCGAAUGCCCAGGAGGUCGCAACGGACCGGAUUGUAAUCAAAUGCCAAGAACGUACUUUCAGCAAUGCACCGUAAAUCCUUGCACCCAUGGCGGCACUUGCUGGUCCAGCGGGGAUAGCUUCUACUGCGCCUGUCGUCCUGGCUACACAGGCAACAUGUGUGAAGAUGAGUUUGUGGUCGAGACCGUCGUUAGCUCCAGCGAAUUUAUUGUGGACGAUGCGAACGCUAGAAAUUUUAAUGACAAAACUUUCGGUUCAUCGGUUGUGCUUAAGAGUCCCAUUGAAUUGCAUAAUGCAUAUUUUGCGGCCGGAGUCCUGGCCGCCGCCAUUUUCAUCGUGGCCGUUGUGGUCACCAUUUGUCACUGCAAGGUCAAUCAGACGUAUCGGAAAUUCUCGACGCGCUCCACCUCGUUUAUACCGAUUCUGGGCUUCAGUCGACGGCCAAAAAUGCAGGGCAAACUCAAUAAGCACUGGCUGAGUGGCAAAGGUGUGGUGGCCGCCGGUGGUGUAGCCAGCGGAGCGACCGCGGGCGGGGCGCAGCGGGGCAGUGUCAGUGGUGCAAGUGGCACGCAGCAGGGCGCCACCGCAACACGCCACUUGCCGGGUCAGACACAAACGCAGACCUCGCUGCAGGAGCGACCUUUCCAACGGCACUUGGCCAUGAAUCUGGAGAACGACAUGUACUACACGGUGGACUUUAGCGAGAAUUCACAGCACUCGCCGUUGAUACAGUGAAACUUGGAUAAUGGCGGCGAUUGGUUAGUCAAAUUUAUCCCACAGAAGAGCGAGUGAGUGGGUUGUGGAAACCGAGUUACAGAAACAUUAUGAGUAGUUUGGGUUUGGGUUACUUGGGGGAUUGUGUAAUUAUCUUUGAUGCUACUCGUUGAAUAUUCCAAAUAUUGAACAGUAUCCGAUAAUAAUAAACUAAAAACGUGUGUAUAUGUGCGCAGAACCUAAUGAUUAUGAGUCCGGCUAACGCAAACACACAAAUAUUUAUGAUUAAUACAUGUAUCUCUGGCCUAAAUAGGCUUAGCAAACUGGUUUAUCAAGGUUUAUUUUGGCUAAGCACACACAUCCACAUCCGGAACAUCCGUAGCAUCCGUAGCUGGAUGAUAUUGUUUGAUAAUAAAACACACGUUACUUCUGGGGGGCAAAAGGGAUUAUAAUCUCGAAUUAUGUAAAUGUUAAAUACGAAACCAGAUCUGUUUUGUUUUGUUCUCUUUGCCAAAGUUUAUUGUAUGAAAUUUUCAGAUUUGUGCAAGGCAUC